GCAAAUAUAAAAUUAAAAUGUUGGUAAAAAGUGUGGGAUAGAUAGAAUCUAUUCCAAAGUCAAGGGUAUAGCCAAACAACAGCCCUGCCCCUGAUUAAUAGAAUCUGUUUACAUAUUCAUCGCAGCCACCUCUCCAUUUUCUCUCCACUCACUGUCCACGGCUCUAUACGCCUUCUCUCACUUGCCAAAACCCAUCUACAAAGUGAUUCUAAACUUUUUUUUGCUCGAUUAGAGACACCAUGUGUGGAAUACUCGCGGUAUUUGGUUGUGUGGAUUGUUCUCAGGCUAAGAGGUCCAGGAUCAUUGAACUUUCUAGACGGUUACGCCAUAGAGGUCCUGACUGGAGUGGGUUGCAUAGUGAGCAAGACUGUUAUCUUGCUCAUCAACGAUUAGCCAUAGUAGAUCCAACUUCUGGAGAUCAGCCACUUUAUAAUGAAGACAAAACAAUUAUCGUCACGGUUAACGGGGAGAUAUACAACCAUAAAGCAUUAAGGGAGAAACUGAAGUCUCAUAAGUUCAAUACUGGAAGUGAUUGUGAAGUGAUUGCCCAUCUUUAUGAAGAAUAUGGAGAAGACUUUGUCCAUAUGCUUGAUGGAAUGUUCUCUUUUGUGCUUCUGGACACUCGUGAUAAAAGUUAUAUAGCAGCUAGGGAUGCUAUUGGGAUCACCCCACUUUACAUGGGUUGGGGACUUGAUGGUUCUGUGUGGUUUGCAUCAGAAAUGAAAGCCUUGAGUGAUGACUGUGAACAGUUUAUGUCAUUCCUUCCUGGGCAUAUAUAUUCCAGCAAAACCGGUGGGCUAAGAAGGUGGUAUAACCCCCAAUGGUAUUCAGAACGCGUUCCUUCAACUCCAUAUGAUGCCCUAGUUCUACGUCAUGCCUUUGAGAAGGCCGUGAUUAAAAGGCUUAUGACGGAUGUCCCAUUUGGUGUACUUCUUUCUGGAGGUCUUGAUUCGUCUCUUGUUGCUGCUGUUGCUUCACGCCAUCUGGUUGAUUCAGAUGCUUAUUGUCAGUGGGGGUCACAGUUGCAUACUUUUUGUGUUGGAUUGAAGGGUUCUCCUGAUUUGGUUGCUGCAAGAGAGGUAGCUGAUUAUCUUGGCACUCUCCACCAUGAGUUUUACUUUACUGUUCAGGAAGGAAUCGAUGCACUUGAAGAGGUCAUUUACCAUAUUGAAACCUAUGAUGUGACCACUAUCAGAGCCAGCACACCCAUGUUUCUCAUGUCGCGCAAAAUCAAGUCUUUGGGAGUAAAAAUGGUUCUUUCUGGGGAAGGUUCAGAUGAAAUUUUUGGCGGAUAUUUGUAUUUCCACAAGGCACCCAACAAGGAGGAGUUCCACCAGGAAACAUGCCGAAAGAUCAAAGCUCUUCAUUUGUUUGAUUGCUUGAGGGCAAAUAAGUCUACUUCAGCAUGGGGUCUUGAGGCUCGUGUACCUUUUCUAGAUAAGGAGUUCAUUGAUGUUGCAAUGAGCAUUGACCCAAAGUGGAAGAUGAUUCAACCUGAUGCUGGAAGGAUUGAGAAAUGGAUCUUGCGUAAUGCAUUUGAUGAUGUCGAGAAACCGUAUCUGCCAAAGCACAUACUGUACAGGCAGAAGGAACAGUUCAGUGAUGGAGUUGGAUACAGUUGGAUUGAUGGCUUAAAAGAUCAUGCAAACAAGCAGGUUACUGAUUCCAUGCUAACAAAUGCAACCUUUGUUUAUCCUGAAAACACCCCCACAACAAAAGAAGCCUACUACUAUCGGACAAUCUUUGAAAAGUUCUUCCCGAAGAAUGCAGCAAGAUUAACCGUUCCUGGUGGUCCAAGUGUGGCAUGCAGCACUGCUAAAGCAGUGGAGUGGGAUGCAUCUUGGUCUAAGAAUCUUGAUCCAUCUGGCAGAGCUGCUCUUGGGGUUCAUGCUGCGGCUUAUGGAAAUGCAGGCGAGACCAAGAGUGAUGGCCCGAUGAGUGGUGCUUAAUGACUAUGAGAGAUUGCUGGAUGAGUUGUUGCAUUGUAGGUUGUUUUCCUACAAAAUCUAUUGGGUUGGGGAAGCAGCCAUUUUAUUGCAUAUUAAUCAUGGUUCCAUGCCGUGAAACACCUUUGUUGGGGCUCUGUUCGUAUAUUUGCUUAUGCUUGGCAGAAAGUUUUUUAUGGUUAUGGUUAUAGUUAUCUUGAUCCUCCUCCUUCUAUGAUAAUGUUCAUCAUCUCAUAGUUUAUAUGAAAUUUGAUUCACAUACACUUUUUGCA